AAUCAGCUCAGUCGUUUACAGCACGGUGUGCCCAAAACCUUCAUAGAAAUUGAAUCAAAUCUCGCUAUAAAGCUUGCAUCAUGCAUUUCAUUACCCCUCUAUCAUCAACUGCUGUCAUUCUUGUAUUGAUUAUGAGUCUGUCUUCGGAUGUUUCGGGCGCAUUCUGUCCAUCUGCUUCCAAAAGUAAUCGAGUUUGUGGUGCCACAGACCCCCAGACUGGAAAAAUUUCACAAGCUCAACUGGCUACUGUUACUUCUAAAGAGAAAUGCGUACCUUUCACCUUUUUCACAUGCAAAGUUGCUCCGUUUGACACCCCAAUUUGCUGUUCUAAUCCUCCGGAUCCAUCGAUCAAGACUUAUAACUUUGAUGGAUGUAGUGGUGCUCCAGUGGGGGUUACCACUGCCAAAAAACGUGGUGAAAAGCCUCCCUGUUUGUAAAUGAAAGUUCUUUUUUUCACUUUCCUAUGCAUUUGUGUUCUUGUAUUAUAACUGCACCUUUUUCCUUCUCAUGCAUCUUGUAUUAGAAAUGAUUUUUCUAUGUACAUAAUUCAUCAGUUGAGAUACAUU